UUCACGUAUGGGUAUUAUAUCAGUGUUGUAUAUGCAACAAACAUUAGGAACCUUAUUAGAGAGGGUUGAAAAUGAAAAUGUUAGUGAUGAAACUUGUCAAAUGGUGAAGGACUUGUUUGCAAUUUCGACAAAGUCUCUUGAUCAGGUAGGACGCACAGGUGCGUUUAACCAUAUGAUACGCAGGAAGGCUGCAGCUACUGAGUCUGGUUUAAAUAACUUGAAAGAUAUACAGACUAAAGUUUUGUAUUUACCUCUUUCGAAUGAAGGUGUAUUUGGUAAAGGUUUGGAAGACAAACUUGAGAAACGUAAAGAACAACGUGAGCAACUAGACGAUCUGUUACCAGAGUAUAAGAACAAUAAUAAGAGAAAGUUUGAAUCUACUCAGGUGCGUCAAGAUUGGCAAAAUAAAGCUCCUAGAUAUAGUUCUAACACUAGUUAUACUCAUGUUAAUUAUAACAAUGCUAAUUCAGCUGAUAAACGUUCAGGUUUUAGUUAUAAUAAAUCUUCUGUGAGAUCUGCUCCUAGGAAGUUCCAGAAAGACAAUAAAACUGAUGACUUUGGGAAAAAAGAUGAAGAAAAGAAAGCAGGUGGCAACUGGAAUUCUUUUCGGAUCCCAAAGAAAAACAGUAGCUGACUCAGAGUUAAAGGAGAUGUAGCGAUCUGCAGGCACUAAGAACGGAUGAAGGCUCCAUGAGAAUACAGACUAAAGGAAUUACGUUUAUAAGACAUGGCCUAGCCAAACAGGAUAGGGAGAAACAUUUUGGAGCAAAAAUUUUCGUACCUACAUACACUGAGAAUACCUCUUUAGAUCCACGGAAAAGUCUGUUGCAAUAUUUAGAUAAAACAAAAUCGUUGCGUAAAAAAUUACAACAGGACCAAAGAGGAAAAUUAUUUUUUAGCUUUAUGUGAACCUCACAAAUCAGUUACCUCUCAGACAAUUUCACAUUGGAUUGUUCAAAUUAUUAAACAGGCUUAUUCUGAUUCUGAAUAUCCAGGGAAAGGGAAAAUACAUGCGCAUUCUACAAGAGCUAUUGACCCAACUUGGGCAUUCUUUAAAGGAGCAUCUAUCAAUUCGAUCUUAGAAUCUGCAGAUUGGAGUUCAGAAUCUACCUUUAGUAGAUUUUAUUUGCGUGAAUUAGAUGUAAAUGUGUUACAGAAAAUAGACUAAGUUGAUAUUUUCGGCGAGUUGCACAGUAUGUUUUUGUUAUUCAUUAAAAUGUUAGUGGUGGAAGCAUUUUAAAUGGUGGAAGUAUUUUAUAUGUUUUUAAAUAUGAACAUGAACUACAUUUCAACUUAUGAUGAAGUUUGAAAUGACAAAGAAUCACAGAGAAGUUUUUCUGUUAUUAGAUGUGUACAUGUGUUGUAGAAAGUCUCUUCAGGUGAGAUAAUUUAUUUAUAACACUCCUCCUAAGGUUCAGACUGCUUUGAAAUCAGUAGUAAUCCUUAUGUAUAUUCCUUGACUGGUAAGUAAAAAUAUAUAUGAUAUAAAAUUGAGAAUUUGUUAUCAAGUUCUAAUUUUAUGAAUUAUUUUUACUUACCAGUCAAGGCUCCCACCACCUCCCCAGUUAUAAAUAAUUUUCGGUAAAAGGGAAUAUUUUGUUCCCGCCGAUAAACUGAGGAGGCAUUCACCCGGAUGAUCAAUGUUAGAUAGAUGUUUGAAAUCAUCCAGGUGUUGCGAGUUAUGAGAACGUUGUAAGGGAGAUAAUCCUUAUGUAUAUUCCUUGACUGGUAAGUAAAAAUAAUUCAUAAAAUUAGAACUUGAUAACAAAUUCUCAAUUUUAUAG